GGAGGAAAGAGAGAGAGAAGAGUUUAGAGAGAGGACUGAAGACUGGAGAGUGUUUUUAAAGCUGACCAGCCUCAACAUCGCCUGCCCCCCCACUUUAAACUGGACCGGACCGGACCUUUGAACUUUUCUGGACAGUUCUGCUCAACAACAAGGGGAUUUCAGUGCCUUUGGGCGGACGAUGAGGAGUCCCGAGUUUCGGGCGAGGCUUUGACUCCCACUGCCUGGUUUAGAGGCCGUUCAGCGGACCUGUCAGGAUCCAGCCUCGCAGGGUUCGGCUCAGCUCGGUUUCGUCCAAUCUUUCUCCGCCGCCGCGGGCUGUUCUGACUCCAUAAGGACAGUUGGGGUGUGUCUGGACGCGAUGCUGGACUGACCGAGCCCGGGAUGGCCUCGGCGGUGUUUGAGGGGACCUCUCUGGUGAACAUGUUCGUGAAGGACUGCUGGGUGAACGGCGUCCGCAGACUCAUCAUCAGCGGGAGGGGAGAGGAGGAGGAGUUCUUCGAGCUCCGGACCGAGUGGUCCGACAGGAACGUGCUGUACUUACACCGCAGCUACUCGGACCUCGGACGGCUCUUCAAAAGACUGCUGGAGUGCUUCCCUGAAGACCGGGGAGAUCUGUCCAAGUCCACUCUUCUAGAAGGCCUUGUGAGGAUUAAAGAAGCGAAGGACAUCGAGGUCAAGCUGAACGAGGUGGAGAAGCUGCUGAAGAACACCAUCAACAUGCCAUGGAAGUUUUCCAGGUCAGAGGUUGUCCUAACGUUCUUUGAACGUUCGCCACUUGAUCAAGUGCUGCGAAACGACAACGUCCACAAGAUACAGCCGUGCUUCCAGAGUCCAGUCAAGAUCUCAGAGAUUAUGAGGUCUAACGGGUUCUGUCUGGCCAACACAGAGACCAUUGUGUUUGAUGAGAAUGUUCCACAGGAUAAGGAGAGACCCUCGUCCACAGACUCAGCCGAGCACUCAUAUGAGGACGAUGGUAAGGAGUGUCUGUCUGUGGAACAGGACCUCAGUGAUGACGACACAGAGGCGUACGUCACCAACCUGUCCUACUACCACCUGGUGCCCUUCGAAACAGACAUCUUGGAGUGAGAGGGCAUAUUCCUCAAGUGCGCUGAUGCUUUAAACCUCCUCUCCGGCUGCUUGUGGGCCCAGCUGCUGGCUAAUAGCGUUUGAAAUGGUUGGUAGAAAUGGAUACAGACGGGCCUUCAUGUAGUCAAUACGGACCCAGCAACCCCUCUGCUGUGUUUGUGGAAGAGCCCAUCUGUGCCUCUGAAGCUGCUCUCACUCAUGUGCCUCUGGAUUUUGACUUCAAGGAGACACAAUCUGCUGGACGAGCAGCGCCGUGGAAUCCCUGACGGAGUCACGUUCUCAUUUAUACACAUUUCAAUCAGUCCCAGUUCUGAAGAAUAUACUGAAUCCAGUGAAUCGACUGUGAUAUAGUGGUGCACAGUUCUUACUCCCAGCUGAUAAUAUGGGCAGAAAAUUGACCAACCUGUCAUGAACUGGACAACAGAGGCAUCAGAAAGACCAGUUUCUUUAAAUAGAGUGUGCAACAUGGGUGUUCAGGUGGCGGUAGGAGGUGAGAGGAUGAAGAGCCGUGUUAAAGUAUUAACUUCAAGGGUUCUUGAGGAAAGAAAAUGGUCCUAUGUAGAACAAGGAACACCUUGCAUGAGUAAAAGGUUAGUUGAAUCAUGAAAAGGUUUUUCAGAUUGGUGGAGAAUGUGCUGUAGAUGGAUCCAUGUAGAACCCUUUUGGGUUCUAUAGCACCAAAUAGGGUUCUUGUUUCAAUGUCAA